AUGCCGCGGUACAUUCUGCACUGUCGCAGCUUCCGGAAUACGAUCGUGACGCUGACGCGCGAGAAUGGCGAGCCGAUCGGGUCGUGGACGGGCGGGAGUGUCGGGUUCAAGCGCUCGGGGAGGAAGACAUACGAGGCGGGAUAUCAGUGUGCGGUGCAGUCGUUCAAGAUGAUGGAAGCCCAAUCACAGGGUCACUCAGGCAUCCACAUCGAGCUGAACCUCGCAGGCUUCGGAAAGGGCAGGCAAGCCGUGCAAACGGCCUUCCUCACCGCGGAGGGGGAGAAGAUUAGACCCCACGUCAAGUACGUGAUCGACAGCACGCCCCUCAAGAUUGGUGGUACCAGAGGGAAGAAGCCGAGGGUCUAGAAGGUUUACUCCCUGUUCUCUUGUCUUGGUAGACUACUUCACAGCAUGGUGCGCUGCCUAUGCUACAUUGCUAUUGAUCGUCGUUGGCGCAGCGCGCUGCCUCCUGCUCUACGUCGCCUGCUUCAACCCAUCGACUCUUCACUGGCUUUAUUCUCGGCCCACCCAAAAUGGAUUGUCGAAGACGUUGUCCGCCAAGACAGCCUCUACAUACCGCCCUGCCACAUUCGGCGAACUUGACUGUCGUAAGCGCCAGACGUCCUUGACCCCGUUCCCUUGAAGGUAC